UUGGACAGAGGAAAAACCUGUUCAGUGAUGUUACGAAUUUGCAAGUGUCUCCUACUGAGAGGCUCUCUACAUCAAACCAAACCUUAAUUUAAAGGUUCAAUCAAUAAAAUGACCUCCAAGCCCGAAAUUACUUUGGAACAUUUUUAUAUAUUUAAUGGCACAUAUGCGAAAAAAGAAGGAGAGGAGGAAAAGAAAAUUUUAUAUUACUAUCCAGAAAAAGACUUAGAUGUUCAAAUCAAGAACAUUGGUCUUAGCGAAGCAAUUAUCAAAUUUACAGAAUCUUUUAAUCCUGGUCAACCUUGUGAUUAUUGUCAUACACACAAAACACGUCAAAUAUAUUAUCAACCAGAGCCAAAUUUUUGGAUGGUGAUGAUUGUUGGUAUACCAUAUAUUUAUAAAGAGCAAGAUGGUAAUAAGUAUCAAAAUGAUGAAGUGUCCAGUAGUGUCUGUCAAGCUAUCUUGAAACAGACAUACAUGAUGUUUAGACUAUUUAUGGGCUCUUUUGAAACUAUUAUUAAUGAUCCUGAAUGUGGAUCUGUAAUGUUGUUGAAACUUAAACUUGAACAUUUUUAUUCACGAUAUUUGCUGUCAUUAAAACUAAACAAUAGUGAUAUUUUAGAUGUAUUUCAAGGUUUACAAUUUUUACCUCUCGACAAAAUUACAUUUCUUAGAGUGCAAUGUUUUAUGAAUCUUGUAGAAGCAAUGUUUACACAAGUAAAAUACACAGCAUUUCUUUACAAUGAUCAAGUUGUUUGGAGUGGAUUAGAACCUGAAGAUAUGCAAGUAGUUUACAAUUAUUUAGUAAGUACACUUUUGCCAGCUCAUCUUGAAAAAGAGUUACACGGUGGUUCAAUACCUAGAAGUUCUCCUUCGCCAUUUACAACUUCACAUUAUGGAAAAUUUGUUACAGGACCUGCUAGCGUUAAUGAGCCUAGUUUAAUUGGAAAAUCACCAAAAGUUUUUAUAAAUUAUUCUACUAAACCAGUAUCGUUAUAUUUAGUAGUAUAUCGAGCAUUAAGUGCUACAAUAUGUCUUUUUGUUGACAAAAAAACGAGUUUGUUAAUUGAUUUUUUUAAAAGCUUAGAUAGUUUUCUUGGUCCACAGUUAACUACAUUAGUCAGUUCUGUGGCUGAACAAUGCUCUAAAACUGUAAUAAUUACGCCAGAAUCGUGUACCAAGUUUCUGUAUUUUAAUAAAUUGAAUUUAGCAUAUAAAAGUACGAUACACUUAGAUAACAGACGGUGUUCUAACGUACUUACAACGUGUGAAGUAUUGAGGAUCAUUACUGAUAUAUACAAUGAUAAAAAUAGAUUAAACGAAGCGGGAGAAAUAAUUGUAAAGACAAUGACAGAUUACUGGGUUAUCGGGAAAUUGUCUAAUUUAAGAGAAUUUUUUGUCAUUAUACAACAAAAAAGUGCAAGUAUUAUAGAAAUCGAUGGUAAGUAUAAAACAAUUUAUAAGAUUCAAACCGUCAUCAAGAUGAUGAUGAUGAAUAAUCUUUAUACCGAUUGCAGAUGAAGUAAAGAGGCUUUGUGAGAAACAAUUAAAAAGCAUUUUUUUCCACUGAUGGUACAUAAU